AAUCAACAUGCCAACGGGCCUCUGGACAAAGGUUGCUACCGUCGCUGCUGGCGCCGCCGCCGCAGCGUACGUGGACAAAAAGUUGUACCUGUCGCAUGACAUCAUGACGUAUUGGCAGCACGCGAUCUCGUUGCUUCAGGCCAAGUACCUCAUUGCGCGUAACACUCGUGUCGCCGAUUUGUGGGAAGAGCUGGUUGACGCAAUGCCAUCCAAGGUCCUUGUGAUGUUUGAAGGCAAGAAGUACACGGCCGUGCAGUUGGAAACUGAAGCCAAUCGCAUCGCGCAUUGGGCCAUGAGCGUGGGCUUGACGCCUGGUUCCAUCGUGGCCUUACUCAUGGAGAACCGGCCCGCGUUUCUCACUACGUGGAUCGGCCUCUCCAAAGUCGGCGUCGUCGCCGCACUCAUCAACACACAUGUCGCCGAGGAAGGCCUUUUACACUGCAUUAACGUGUCCGACGCUUCCGUCGUCAUCUUUGGCGCCGAAUGCACCGAGCAAAUGCACCGCGUGCUGGACCGCCUGCCGCCGCGCAUCUCUGGGCUGUAUGUCUACAAUGAUGAGGCGACGUCAUCACCGCCGUUGUUUGCGCGCUCCUUGGAUGAGGAGUUGAAGCGCGUGUCGUCGCUUCGACCACUGGCCAGCCAGCGCCAAUCCGUAUCCUCCAACGACAUGAUGCUGCUCAUCUUCACGAGUGGCACCACGGGAUGGCCCAAAGCCGCGCGGGUAGAGCACCAGUCCCUCCUGGGCCGGUCGAUGGUGUUUGUCCGCGCAGCAAACGUGACGCCUUUCGACCGACUGUACUGUCCGCUGCCUCUGUAUCACACAUCGGGAGGAGUGGUGGCCGUGGGUGUGAUGCUGUUGUCGGGCUGCUCGAUAUCUCUAGCUCGGAAGUUCUCUACCACCCAUUUCUGGUCGGACGUACGAGCCACCGAGGCCACGAUGGUACAGUACAUUGGGGAAAUGUGUCGGUACCUCCUCCAUGCGCCGCCCUCCGACUUGGACCGUGCCAAUGUGGUACGGGUGGCCAUUGGAAACGGCCUUCGACCGGACAUUUGGGCAGCGUUUCAAGAUCGUUUUGGCAUCCCCACAGUAUGCGAAUUUUACGGCUCCACUGAAGGCGUGGCAGGGAUGCUGAAUGUGUGUCGCGAACGUAAGGACCAGGGCCAUUUGGGGCAAUACGGGUACUUGGCCACUGCCGUGUCGGGGUACACGAUUGUAGAGUAUGACGUGGACGCAGACGCGUUGCGAAGAGAUGCAAACGGGCACUUGAUUCAAUGUGCCGUGGGGACCGUGGGAGAACUGCUGCUCCCCGUCCGGUCGUACUCGCCCAUGCACAAAUUCCAAGGGUAUUUCAAAGAUGACGCUGCGUCCGCCACCAAGUUGCUCGCGAAUGCGUUUCAAAAGGGCGACUUGUACUUUCGAACGGGCGACCUGUUCCGAAUGGACGAUCACCGACGCUUCUACUUUGUGGACCGCGUGGGCGACACGUUUCGCUGGAACGGGGAAAACGUCGCGACUUGCGAAGUGGCCGAAGCCUUGUCGGGCUUCCCUGGCAUCUCUGACAUUUGCGUGUAUGGGGUGGCGCUGCCUGGCCGAGACGGACGCGCGGGUAUGGCGGCGAUGGUGUUUGAAUCGUUGGACAUGGACGCGUUUGCCAAGUUCUGUUUAUCGAAAUUGCCGAGUUAUGCAGUGCCGCGGUUUCUUCGACAGGUGCCAGCGAUGCAUGUGACUGGAACGAUGAAGCAUGAAAAGGCCAAACUUCGGGCCCAAGGCGUGCAGUUGAGUGGCGGUGACCGGCUCUUUUACUUGGACCGGUCGAACCCGUCACAGCCCACGUACUUGGCUUUGACUGAUGCAAACGUCCACAGGAUUGUAACUGCGUCUCGGUUGUAAACUCGGCCCAACGACGUGAUGUAAUAAAAACAAAGUUGUU